GUAAAACGAGGUUGUUGUGGACUGUCUUGUGAUAGUCGUAAGUUGGGUUGAGUAGAGAGAGAUGGCAGGAAGGGAGAGUGGGAAGGUGGCAAGUAUAAGCAAGCCCUGCUGGCGAUGUAAAGAGUGAACGUGGUCCACUACCGAGCCAGCACCAGCCCACACCACCUACCAUUCACCCACUUGCUCAUUCGCCCCUCGGGCUAUCACAACCACUCUCGCCUUCACUUCUGCGUCGUCCCCGUCAGCGUCGGCACAAGCUUCGUAUCAUCUGAGUGUUUCGCUUUUACAAUCAAAUAAAUUACCUACCUGGAUAAAUUAAAGAAAUACCAAAGUGAAUGUAGCACGAAUGAAAGUAGUUCGUUCAUAAAAUAAAAGUCAUGGUUAUGUGAAUCAAGAAACCAAAGCGAAAAAGGCAGAGGUGAAACCCAGUUAAAAAAACGGGGUUAAGUUUCCAUGGUCACCACAUCAGCGCCUUCACCUGAUAAGUUGCAGACUGCCACUUCGAGCUUACCAGUGACUGUCUGACCCUCGACUAGAGAACUUCUCCGGUGUACCUCCAAGAGGAACUGUUUGAAAAAUAUAUGUAGUGAGGAAAGAGCAAGUGAAGUGACCAGAAGGUACCGCAGCAAAGAGGCAGCUGACACAGAGACGAGCCAUCAAGUGUUACUUCUCUUAAGAGUACCAACACACCAGAGAUGAAGGUGUUGUUGGGAGCGACGUUGAUGGUGUUGGCUACGAUGACAAUGGCUGUCCCUACUGGUGCACCGGGAGGUGAGCUGGUUGGGCGAGACUUUCUUCAACAGGGUCAUCACGGCAUCCCACGGGUUCAACGAAACUUCCUCUCGCAGGAUCAACGAGUUGCCAGCCACCACGAUCAAGGAGUUACUAUCUCACGGGAUCAACGAGCCGCCAACCCUCAGGGUCAAGGAGUCACUCUCCCGCGGGAUCAACGAGCCUUCAGCUCUCAUGGUCAAGGAAUCACUAUCCCGCGGGAUCAACGAGCCGCCAACCCUCAGGGUCAAGGCGUUGUUAUCCUGCAGGGUCAACGAGCCACCAACCCUCAGGGUCAAGGAGUCACUCUCCCGCGGGAUCAACGAGCCUUCAGCUCUCAUGGUCAAGGAAUCACUAUCCCGCGGGAUCAACGAGCCGCCAACCCUCAGGGUCAAGGAGUUACUAUCCUGCAGGGUCAACGAGCCACUAACCCUCAGGGUCAAGGAGUCACUCUCCCGCGGGAUCAACGAGCUUCCAACUCUCAUGGUCAAGGAGUCACUCUCCCGCGGGAUCAACGAGCCUUCAGCUCUCAUGGUCAAGGAAUCACUAUCCCGCGGGAUCAACGAGCCGCCAACCCUCAGGGUCAAGGAGUUACUAUCCUGCAUGGUCAACGAACCACCAGCCCUCAGGGUCAAAGAGUCACCAUCCUGCAGGGUCAACGAACCGCCAGCCCUCAGAGUCAAGGAGUCACUACUCUGCAUAGUCAACGAGCCGCCAGCCCUCAGAGUCAAGGAGUCACUACUCUGCAUGGUCAACGAGCCGCCAGCCCUCAGAGUCAAGGAGUCACUAUCCCGCGGGGCCAACGAGCCGCGAAUCCUCAGGGUCAAGGAGUCACCAUUCCGCAGGGUCAACAAGCCACCAACCCUCAGGGUCAAGGACUCAUCAUCCGUCGGAGUCAGGGAGUCGUCAUCUCCAAAAAUAAAGAAGUCAAACCACAGGGUAAAGGAAUCGUUACCCCGCUAGGUCAACAAGGCUUCAUCCCCCAUAGGCAACAAAGCGUCAUUUCCCAUGGGCAACAAGCCCUCGUCCCCCAGGGUAAACAAGGCCUCAUUCCCCAGGGUAAACAAGGCCUCAUUCCCCAGGGUAAACAAGGUCUCAUCCUACAAGAUCUACAGGGAUUCGUCUCUCCGAGUCCACUAAUUUUCACUCCCCAGGCAAAACCUGGCUUUACUGCCCAGGGUAAACAAGGCUUUAUCCCGCAGGAUAAAUCAGGCUUUAUUCCACAAAGCCAACAAGGCUUUAUCUCCCAGAAUCAAGUAGGCUUUAUUCCUCAGAGCCAACAAGGUGCCAUUCAUCAACGUCAACAAGGUAUUAUUCCUCAGGGUCAACAAGGUGUCAUUCAUCAACGUCAACAAGGUAUUAUUCCUCAGGGUCAACAAGGUGUCAUUCAUCAACGUCAACAAGGCUUCCUUCCUCAACUUCAACAAGGUUUUAUUUCUCAACAUCAACAAGGCUUUAUCCCUCAAGGUCAGCAAAGCUUCAUCCCUCAAGGUCAGCAAGGCUUCAUUCCUCAAGGUCAGCAAGGCUUCACCCUUCAAGGUCAAGAAGGCAUCAUCCCUCCGGGUCACUCUCGCACCGUCCAACCAGCUCUGCCACAAGAUCAUCACUUCAGCAACAAUUUUGACGUCAGCCAAAUUAUCCGCGACUUGACAAGCUCCAAAAGGACGGUGUUGGAAGCCAACUUAAUCACGGGGUCUGGCCUACUGUACCGGGGCACCGCACAUUCGACUAUAAAGCCGGCCACUAAAGUACAAGAAGUCAACAGACAAGGACUCCUAGAUGACUCUGUUGAACAGGAAAAGUUACAUAUCAAUGACCAACAAGACAUUAAACUUGAUGAUUCGUUCUUUAUAACUGGCGAUAUUCUUGAUUCGAAGGAAGAUGAUCUUACAGUCGUAACUGGUACACCAAGUUUCUCAUCUGUAACUCCCACGCUAGAGAAUACCAGUCCAGCUUUUAAGGGAUCAACAGAACUAGGUGUGUCCACUAGUAUCCCAAGUGUGGUUGUUGAUGGAGUAGGUGUAACUCUUCCAGAUGUAACUACUGGCGUGUCACUUAUCUCUCCUACAAGUAAAGAAAUGUCUCUUGAAAAAACAGAAAUACCCCUUCUAGAUGAGACUACAAUAGGUUCAAGCGUGUUCAUUGGAGUCUCUGAAAAUUCUGUUGCGCCCUUGAGCUCGGGAGAGUCAGUCAGUGCUCCAGGAACGACGAGUCUCGAGCUAGAGAUUAUCGGAUCUGAUAUAGGUGAUACUAUUUCUUCUGACAUUUCUAGCAGUUCCCAUGAGAUUCCCACAUCAGGUGAGCUUUCUAAACUUCCACACACAGACCCACUGCUCCCUGAAACGAAUGCUCUUCCCCAAGUUCUUGAAACCCUUCUUAGUGGACAUACGAACCAGAUACAUGACCCCAGUCAAACCCUGGAGAGCUUCCUCUUGGGUCUCAACGGGAAGAACGGCGUGGUGGUUCUUCCCUCAUCUAGUCUAGAGAAAAUAACAGCUAGUGGCAUUAGCUCACUUGCAGGAACGGCAAAAUCUAUUAGGGCCGUCGACAGUACACAUGGAGAUCUUUACAAUUCCGUUGCAAGUACUCCACUGGCUGACCUGGCCAUCGACAGUGCUGUUGAUGUUGUCAAUUCCGUUGCAAGCACUCCACUGGCUGACUUGGCAACAGACAGUGCAGUUGGGCAUGUCGUUAAUUCCGUCGCAAGUACUGCAGAAUCUGCACUAGCCAUCAAUGGUGCUGUUGAAGGCAACACAGUAGAAGCAAAAGAAAUUGUCAGCGAUAUUAGCUCUGAUGACAUCGACAGUUUUGCACUUGAUUUGAACUCGCCAGGCAUCACUGCCCGAAGCGUCGCUCCCACCACCGUCAGUUCGCUAGGCGUCACUGCCCUUAGCAGCUCCCCUACUGCUGAUACUUCACUAGGAGUCACUGUUCCCAGCGGCAUAUCCACCACUGCGAGCAGUUUAUCAUUUAAUAGUGUAUCAUCCACCUCAAGCUCCAGGAGUGCAACUUCAACAAAUACUCCUUUAUUCCGUGGUCCAGUGUCGGACAUCCUCUUCACCAAGGGCCGCCUAGCGGGCACUAUAAUUGGAGGACUUAUUGAUUUAGGUUCCACAAUUUUUCGUGGCUUAUCACAAAUAAAACCUUUCACAUCAUAGCCGAAAACUGUCUUACGUAUAUAAGUCAAUGUUGUUAUUAAUAUUUUUGAUAAAAACUCCAUUCUUCAUCUACUCUGGCAGUGGAUGGUUGGAAGGCAUUGCUGACACAUAUUGGUAAUAUAAAGAAAGACACUUAGAGAAGAGCAAGUCUUUAACAAGAGAAACUUGGUGUGCUGUUUUUAUAUUACCUAAACUAGCAGCGGGUGUUCCUGACGCCAGUCUGGUGGCCACGUUGGAGGUAUAGUUGCUCGCCCUAACUAAUAGCGUGAAAAUAGAGCUCAAACAUUUUUCCAGGAUCUUUAAAUAGCAAUGUUCAACAAAAAUCUGAAAAAAUACGCUACUCUUGGAAUUCCAAAGAACAAUAAAGCACUAUAGAUACAUACAAGAUUACAUAACUGUUUUUGGCAUACUGAUCUCACUCUGUGAUCUCCUUAACACACUCCAAAACCAUAUUAUAUUUGUACCAACAACAUCAAAUUAAAAUUACAAUAUGAAGAGCACAAAAAGUGUCUUUCUUGAAAAGGCAAUAAAUGUUUAUCGAUUUCUGGAAAAGCAGAUACAAUAGUGAUGGGUGGAAGUACUUCUCAAGUUCUUUGCUGCUGCUGCUCUUAGGUUUGCUGGAUAAUGAGAAAAUACUGUUAUAACUUUCUUAUUGAGAUAUGCAAUACAGAAGCUGA